CAUAGACUCCAUUGUUGUCUUCUCUUUCUUCAAGAAGAAGAAAAAUGUCAACUUCUUCUUCGAUUUCUUCAGUUAAGUGUGUAGGAAAUGUGAUUGCUAGGCCUGGUUGCUGGUCAUUUUUAAAGGGUGGAUUUGUGCUUGAUUUGCCUUCCUCAUAUGGUCUACUUUAUCUCCAGAGAUCAGAUGGAGAAAAGUUAAAUAUCUCGAUUUCAAGUGUUUCGUUACAGCCAUUUACUUAUCAACUAUGGAAGAAAAACCAACAAGACGCUAUCGAUAAAGUGUGGACCGUCUGUUUUCAAUCAAUCACAUUUCCUACACACUUAACUGAAGAAAUCGAAGAAGAAGUUGACAUUUUCUUCACGAAGAAGAAGAAGACAACAAUGGAGUAUGGAAGUUAUAAAGAAUGGAGGAAUAAAUUUUUAGAAGAACAAGAAUCGAAGGUGAUAUUGUGAUGGUGAAGAAUAAAGAAUCGAUAGUGAAGGUGGUCAGACAUGAUUUCGAUGAGUUGAGAAAUGAAGUAGGUGAGACUUGGUGAUGAAGAAAAUAUAAUUACUCCAUGAGCGACUCCGCACAUGAAAAUUAGUGGUGUGUUGACCAUGGCACGAGUGGAUUGUUCAUUGAUCGUGAUAUGUAUAUAUUGUGUGGCUUCUUUGAUUGCUUUGUGAUAGCUUCGCAUAGUCAAAUCAUGUCCUACUACAAUCAUGUCCUACUACGUUAUGCGUAAAUCUUGCCUUAGUUCUUGUGUAUCUUUCUCCUUUCAUGACUAAGUUUCUCCAAUUCAAGACAUUUACAUAGUCAUGCGGCCCACCGCAUAUGAAGCGAUCAUUUUCCUUUGUUGUGAGUCUUCUGUUCAACAUCACUUUGCUUUCUAAACUUCUUGCUAUCGAACUUAUAGGUACUAUUGUUCUUUGAAUGUGGCUAAUGCUCCUUGCUUUUGCCAUGACAUCCCCAACCUUAGUAAUGACUAUCUUAGCCUUAGUCAUGACUACCUCUCAUCUUCUCUCAUCUGCCUAUAUCAUGCCUAAUGUCUAUCAAAGCUUCAACCUGUUGAUGACUUUAUCAAUAGUCUUAACCAGUUAGCUUUUCAACUUCCUCUUAUCCAACGCAUCCAGAAGUGGAACAACACAUCUUCAUACUUGAAUUUGAGAAUCUGAAGCAUAAGGGUAGUCCAUUCCUUCACCUAUGCUCGUAUGUUGUCGGUCCACUUCAACUUCUUUAAUUUGCCUUCACUUCAUAGAUGAAAUUGUUGGUAAUGAAGACUUUCCUAAACUUGAUUCGAAAUUUCUCCAAUGUGUUGAUAGUGUAAUGCCCCUUUUCGAUUUUCUGAUUUCCUUCACUUCUACCAUAACAUCACCAUGUCUGAAGGUACACUACGACAAUGUUGAUUUUGUUCUCAUGGCUUCUUACUUUGUUACACUUGAAUUAAUUAUUCAUGUUAAAUGAAUCUUCUACCUCUUGCGCGUCAUAAGUGCUUUUGAACAUUGACUGUUUUUUACUCUAUAUUUCGGUUGGAUGUCGCAAACCUUCCAACUUCAGUUUCUCUCUUGAUCACUACAUCUUAGCUUUCAUGGUUUCAAUUGUGCGUAAUGAAUCCAUAAGGCGAUAUUCCAAAGGCAGCGAUGGUCUUUUUCAUCUCCAAUUCUACAUACUUGCACCCCUAUAACUCUUUUGGAAUUUUUUCAUUUUUCUCAAGGGUGAAUCCUCAAGAAUCUUGAACUCGUCAUCAAUCUCGUUCAAGCGUCUGCCUAGAAUCUUCACAAAUUGCAUUCCCAUGUGAACCUUUGCAAAACACUCCGUUUCAAGCAUUACGUUUAUGGGCUGCUCCCCAUGUUCAUCAUCACUUGCCUCAAUUGCAGAAGGUGAUGGGAACGUUAGCACUUCGCAUGGUGUGGGAUCCUAAAAUAAUUCCUCAUUCUUCAUCCCUUUUUGGUUCUUCAUUUCACCAUCCUUCCUAACAUUGGUGGUGCUAACAACAUUAAUGUCUCUCUUCUUUGCCAUUACCCUAGUAUCAACCUUUGCCUGAUACUACUUUAUCAUUGACUUAGACUUCUAUUGAUAAUUUGGUCACGAAUCAUUCACAAUGCUCAAGUAAGCCUUUUAAUAUUAGAACAACGAAAGACGCAAUAUAAUUUCUUAAAAAGAUUUUCUGUGUUGCUCAAAGACUUGAAAUAUGUGCUAGAAUCUUGUUUGAUUGUAUUACAAAUGAGUGUCCCUCUAUUUAUACUAUACGUCUAUGACACGAUAAAUAUAUAUAAUUGCUAUACAAAUCCCUAUAUAUUUAAAAUAAGCCCUCAUUCUAAAAUUUUCAACAUAACUUGAAAAUUACAAGAACCUUCCAUACAAAUUCAUGAAAUUCUCCAUAUAUUUUUAACUAUACCACUUAAGGACUAUUCUUUUUACAAUGCAAGCCUUCCAUGUCACUAAUUUGUGUCACGUGACACCGAAGUGAUAUGAUGAUGUGACGUGUCAUGACAUUAGGUUUAGAUUAAUUAAUGGGUCGAAUUCACUAUUCCAUAUUCACAUGAAUGCCUCUAUUUUGGAGUGAUUUUUAAUUUUUUUUAGUUCAACACUUUAUGUAAUUAAGAAAAUGACUUAAAUACCUGAGAUGCAAAUUAUACUUUAAAAGAAAUAAAUUCAGUUUCAAAGCAUUAUGCCUUAAAAGAAGUUUAUAAUCCACAAGUAAUGGCUACAGGACAAAGAAAAUUUGCAAUGCAAAACUAACAAGACACAUGCUAAUUAUGUCUUAUAAGGCAUAAGUUUAAUUUCAAAAUCCACGAAAUUAAAGAGUCCUCUUAAUUUUUGUUUCGUAAAAUUAGGUCAUAAUUAAAACAUUGACUCUCAAUUUUCUUAUUAAAUGUGAAACAUAAUAAAAAAAAAUUUAAAAAUCAUAAAUUUAAAAUACAAAAUUGAAGAUCACCCCCAAAAUAAAAAUAUACCUUUGCAAAAACUUGUAGUUAGAAUUGUUGUGAGUUAUGAAUGUAUUAGGCCAAAAGAUAUUA